AUGGAGCGUAUGUGGCAGGAGCGAGCCGAUUAUGGCCAUUUCUUCUACAGGAUCCCUGACGGCGAGAGCGCGGCGGACGCCUAUGAUCGAGUCAGUGGAUUCAACGAGAGUCUAUGGAGGAGCUUUGGCGACGACAACUUUCCGAGCGUGUGUGUGCUGGUUACCCACGGCCUCAUGUCGCGCGUCUUCCUCAUGAAAUGGUACCACUGGUCUGUCGAGUACUUUGAAGACCUCCGCAACGUCAAUCACUGCGAGUUCAUCGUCAUGAAACGCAGCGAGAACAACGGGCGAUAUAUCCUCGAGAACGAAUUGAGGACAUGGUCUGAACUCAAGCGACGAGCAGCAAAGGAUAGAGCGACAGCUACACCCACAUCAAAUCGGCCUACUCCCCUCAGCGCCACUGCAGCCUCACCCACCAUACCCACCCGACGCUGGGGCGGGUGCGUGAAUGGUUGUGACCACGACAAAAUAAACUACCCCCGUCGCCCGAUGCGGAAAAAUACUAUGGAAUACCAAGCCACCUCCCAACUCCCUCCACCCGCUACGCCCCUUGAGACCCUGGAAAGCGACAAGGAAGACAUCCCCGCUGCCACUGCCACUGCCACUGCCACCACCACCCCGCAAGACUCCACCGAAACCCCCAUCAUAUCCGAACCCACCCCCGGCAAGCUCUCCCGCAAACAUAGCGCCAAAGCAAUCGAGCCCGCCCUUGCGUCCCCCUAA